GUUUAACAAAUAGUAGCACUUCUCGCGAGAAAAUAAUGAAAAUUUGAUCAAGUUAUCAAUUCAUCUCGAAGGAAACAGCACACCAACAUCAAUGUUUUGCUGCUCCUCAUCGCAUCACUUUCUCACAAAACCAAACCAGUGAGUAAAGAACCAAUGUUCCCUCAUCAAACCACCCUCAUCAUUCUCCGAGCAACCUCACCUCAAUCCCAACCAAACUUCCCCAUUCUCCGACGACACUUCUGUCUCUGGUCAAUGAAAAAAGACCCAGACUUAGAAUCAGCCCUCUCCCGAAACCGACGCUGGAUAAUAAACAACCAAAUCAAAAACAUAAUCCUCCGUUACCCCAACACCGAAAUCCCAAUCGAAACUCUCCAGAAGAAAUUCAAAACCCUAGAUCUUCAAGGUAAAGCCCUCAAUUGGAUUUCCAAAUACCCCUCUUGUUUCGAACUUCACCAACGUCGCAUUCGUCUCACCAAACGCAUGAUCAACCUCGUUCAUCAAGAACAAACCGUCAGAGAUUCGCUUGAUCCCGUUUUCGCUCAGCGUCUCGCGAAACUCCUCAUGCUUUCGGUUAAUAAUACCCUCAAUGUGUUAAAAAUCAAUGAAAUUAAGAACAGUUUAGGGUUUCCUGAUGAUUAUUUGAUUCGAAUUGUCCCGAGAUACCCCGAUUUGUUUCGGAUUGUUAAUGAGAGUGGGAGGAGGAGCUCUAUGGCGAUUGAAUUGAUUCAUUGGAACCCUAGUUUUGCAGUUUCGGAAAUUGAAGCUUCUGCUUUAGAAAACGGGGUUGACCCGAAUUUCAAAUGCUGUUUGCCUUCUAGUUGGGUGAAAUCGUUGGAGAAGUUUCGGGACUUUGAAUCGGUUCCUUAUGUUUCACCGUAUUCGGAUCCGAGGGUUUUGGUGGAAGGAUCGAAGGAGAUGGAGAAGAGGAAUGUGGGUUUGGUUCAUGAGUUGUUGUCAUUGACUCUUUGGAAGAAGGUUUCGAUUAUGAAAUUGGGUCAUUUUAAAAGGGAGUUUUUUCUGCCGGAUAAGUUGAAUGUGUUGUUGCUUAAGCAUCCUGGGAUUUUCUAUGUUUCUAAUAAGUAUAGGAUUUAUACUGUUUUACUUAGAGAAGGGUAUGUUGGGUCUCAGUUAGUUGAUAAGGAUCCUCUUGUGGUUGUUAAGGAGAAGUUUGGGGAAAUUAUGCAGGAGGGACUUCAUGAGUAUAACCAAAGGCGGCGGCUUGUUAAUAUCGAAAAGAAGAGAAAUAAAGGUGAUCCUUUGAGUAGGGUGGAUGAAGAUGAAAUGAAGGGGAGAAGAAGGAGAAGAAGAAGCAGUGAAGUUUCUGAUGAAGAUGAUGAUGGUGUUGUUGAUGGAGGGAAUGGUAAUAAGUUGGGAGGGUUGCUUGACCCUGAAGAGAGAAAACGGUUUUAUAAAGUUCUUUUCGAUGAUGAUGGUUCCUGAGUAAUGAUUUUCUUAUCCUAGGUUGGCACAGGAUAUAGAUCAGUGUUUCAGAAACCAAAUCAAACGGGAUGGUUUAAGUUUAAUUGGCUGAAUUGUGAGUCGAUAUUGUUUAUGGCUCGGCUAUUUUGGGUGGUUCGACCACAGUUGAUUUGUUUAUUUGAGCUGUUUGGCCGCGGUUUAAAGAAGUUGAACGAUGGUCCAGAGAUCUUGCCAGUAGGCUUGUCUUACUACUGAGUCAGUAAAGGAGAAUGAUUUUGUAAGUUCCAUUCUCGGUAGACUGGUGAAUUGUCACGCAUACCACAGAAUCGGGGUCUGGGCGUGUCAAGUAAAAGUCACUCUGUUCCAUCAUAUAAUAUUUCUUCACUCACUGAAGAUGUAAAAGUAAGAGCCCUUGUAAGAAUUAUGGGUGAAAUUUUACUUUUAUGUGGAAGUAAUAAAAGGGCCGUGAUUGCAACUUUGAGCAUUCCGGGGAAUGAUAUUCAACGUUUUGAAGGAAUCUCAGAGGAUGAGGCUGUUGCAAGCUAACUUAAAGCUCUUUCUAUUGAAUCUUCCUUGGAUCUGCUGAAAAACGUCAGAAACAACUGCUUUUCAGAGGCUUGAAGCAAUUAUUCCUUUAUUCCAAAGUCGUAUGGGGGCAUUGCUCUUCUUAAUCUCUGCUUUACUUUCUCGUGGACUGGUAACGUGUAGAUAAUCAGGAAUAAUUUGAAGUAGCAAGGUCCUGAAGAGAUCACACUUCUUACUUUAUGAGUCAACGUCUAUGUUCUGAUAUGUAACACCAGCGAAGAUGAACGCUUGUCUGUUUUAUUAUGUUGACUUUUUAAUUGUUGAUUUGUUGGAGUAAUAAGAACUCCUUUUUGAUUAAAUAAAUGUUGUUGUUACUUGUGUUGAGGAUUUUUUACGAGAAUGAUAUGUUUAUUCCGCUGCGUUAAUGAAGUUAAAGUUGAGAACAUAUAUUAAUUUAAUUGUUGGUUCAUCCACAUGAUGAGUUAGGUAUCUAUGUAUGUAUGUUUGAGCAGGUUUUUAUCGUUAGUGAAGUGUAGCAUCCUAAUUGUUGUAUUUUAUUUUAUUGAAAACUAGUAAAGGACCCGUACGCCCGCACGGGUCACGUAAAGUCGGUAUAAAUAUUAAAUAAAUAUAAUAUGGUUAUGGUUAAAGUAUUAUAUUAAAAUAUAUAUUAAUUAAGCGAAAUAAUUUCUUCAAUGAUGAUUAUCAUAUCAAUAUUAAUUUAAUUUAUCAAUUUGUAGUUGUUUUAAUUUAUGUUGGAUAAAAAUUAAAAUAAUAUUAGAGAUAAUUAAUUAUUAUUGUUGAUUACAAUUUUAACUCUGAAAAAUAUAGGUCUUGAUAAAAAGUAAAAAAAUAAAUAAAAAUUAAAUAAUGUAGUUAUUAUGUACUGUCAUUAUCAACAAUUUUUAUGGGCUCCCACCCCUAGUAUGUCUACCCGCCUUUUUUUUCCGCAGACGCA